AUGAAGUAUAAUCAACUCGAUUUUACGAAACCAGAAUUUGUGGUGCACUGUGAUAAUGACUCGUUUAGCGAGUAUAGACAGCUCGAUUCGCCUUCAUUUUAUGAGUGUGGAAGUUAUGUGAGGAUAGUUGGAUCAUGUAAUGGUUUGGUUUGUUUGUUUGAUGAAAUUAAGGAUAGCCUGAUUUUAUGGAACCCUGCAAUUGGAGAGUUUAUUACACCAUCUUUAAGGAAGAUUUGCACUGUGUCGUAUGACAUCCUCGGAUUCGGGUUUGAUAGAAAGAAUAAUGACUACAAAGUGGUGAGAAUUGUUUUUCCUUUUGCUCAUAAAACUUAUUCAGCAAUUGCUAAAAUUUUUCAACUUAGCUCCUAUUCUUGGAAGACUGUUGCCAUUAAGAAUCGAGAUUAUGAUUAUAUUGCUGAUGAUGAUUUCGGAUCUCUUGUUGAGUUAAAUGGUGUUUUUCAUUGGUUUGCAAUAAUUCACAAUGGCACGGACAAGAUGAUCUCUUCAUUUGAUUUGAGACUCAAUAAGUUAUAA